AGACUCCCCCGCCCGGGGCCCGCCCCGGCUCCGCGCUGAGGCGGCGGCGGAGGGCGGCGGGGCCGCCCCGGCCAUGGAGCGCUACGAGAAACUGAGCAAGGUCGGGGAGGGCUCCUACGGCGUCGUCUUCAAGUGCCGCAAUAAGGACACGGGGCAGAUCGUGGCCAUCAAGAAGUUCCUGGAGUCCGAGGAAGACCCGGUGAUCCGGAAGAUCGCCCUGAGGGAGAUCCGCAUGCUCAAGCAACUCAAACACCCCAACCUGGUGAACCUGCUGGAGGUGUUCAGGAGGAAGCGGAGGCUGCACCUGGUGUUCGAGUUCUGCGAGCACACGGUGCUGCAUGAGCUGGACAAGCACCCCCGCGGGGUGCCAGAGUACCUGGUGAAGAGCAUAACCUGGCAGACCCUGCAGGCUGUGAACUUCUGCCAUAAACACAAUUGCAUCCACCGGGAUGUAAAGCCAGAAAACAUCCUGAUAACAAAGCACUCGGUCAUCAAACUCUGUGACUUUGGAUUUGCUCGAAUACUGAACCCCGACCCAGCUGGUCCCAGUGACUACUACACCGACUACGUGGCCACCAGGUGGUACCGCUCCCCGGAGCUGCUGGUAGGGGACACCCAGUACGGCCCUCCCGUGGACGUGUGGGCCAUCGGCUGCGUCUUCGCCGAGCUGCUCUCCGGGGUCCCGCUGUGGCCGGGCAAGUCGGACGCGGACCAGCUGUACCUCAUCCGCAGAACGCUGGGGGAUCUCAUUCCCAGACACCAGCAAGUGUUCAGCACCAACCAGUUCUUCAGUGGGGUAAGAAUUCCAGACCCGGAGAGCAUGGAGCCGUUGGAAAUGAAAUUCCCCAAUAUUUCAUAUUCUGCUCUGUCUCUCAUGAAGGGCUGCCUUCGGAUGGACCCUGCGGAGAGGCAGACCUGUGAGCAGCUGCUGCAGCACCCCUAUUUUGACAGCUUUAGGGAGGCAGCAGAGCUGGGGAAAGAACAUGAAAAAAGCACUCGGAAACCAGCCAGGCUGACUCGGAAGCACAUGCCAGGGUUACAGCACCUGCCUCAGCUAACCAGCAGCAACAUUCUCCCAGCCCUGGACAGCAAGAAGAACUGCUGCAAGACAAGGAAAGCAAAGUACCACUUCCCAAACAUCUGACCAGGGGACAGAUCAAAAUUCAGUUGUUCAAAGUCAUCCAGGAUUUAUAAACAGAGGAUACUCAGUGGAAAACCAAACUACUAAAAGUCACAACAUGUAGAGUGGUGUGUCCUCUACUCUGGGCCACUGAUGGAGGGGAAGUGAUGCAGAAAGAACUCCAAGCUCAUCUCAGUGUUCUGUGUACAAAGGCAAAUACAUUUUUCUUUAACUGCUGAUUGCCUCCUGGUUCAGAAUUACCCCAAUCCAGUGCUUACAGUGUGAAUGUUAAAACUCUGGCCUGUCACCCCCAUUUCAGAGCUGGCAGGAGAACUCAACCUUGCCAAAUACAUCAGGCCCUCCUGCUUUAGCCCAGGCCCAAGUCCCUGCUCUGUGAGGAGCUGUGACUGUGCUGCUGGUUGGGUGGAAGAUGUGUUGGUGCAGCCCAGGCUGAGAGGGGCUGCCUGGCUGCUCCAGGGAGUUCUCAGCUCCAGAGAUAAACCUGGCUCAUUCCUGCACUUACAGAGCUCAAAUGUUUCAAAGUGCUGGCAGUGGCUUCCCAGGCUCAACAGGCAAGGCACCCAGGAAAACAGAGCAACAAUAACCCUGUUGUUUCUUUAGUCUUCCCAGAGCUUCUCCUGCAAGUUUCUUCCUUGAAUUCUACUUCUGGUAAGAGUGAGGGCACUUGCUUGUAGUUACAAAAGUGUUUUUAUCAAAACUAAUCAUGAAUGUAAUUUAUAACAUUGGCCAGACACAGGCAGGAAUUCUACCUAAGUAUUUGUAUUAGAACGACUGGGGUUUGUGGAAUCUCAGAAUAUAAUACUGUGUUGAUCUUGAAAAAAAGAAAUGUAGCUUCUUUUUCCAAUUGACUGGAUACUGAAAAGCUUUCAGCAGAGAAAUUCUCCAGCUUUCCAGCAUCCUGUGAAGUUUUCUUUUCUCAUGCAAGCUAGCUGAAAACAGUGUAGAGUUUUUGUAAACCACGACUUUAUCUCACAGGUGCAAACUUGUUAUGCACAGUCUUGUUAUGGUACACUGAAGAAAACAUUUUGAAAUGGGUGUCAUAGCAUUCCACCAAUCACUCUGAGAGCUGGAUGGUCAAGCGACCAAUAGCCUUAGCCAUUCUUGCCAUCCAAGUUAUAUAAACGAGUUUGUAAUUAAUUAAAUAAUCCCAUUUUAUCCUGGA